AUGGCCGUCUGAGCUGCGCGGAAACAGUACACAAACGAAGUCUCGCGACUUGACAGCAGCGAAGUUUAAGGCAAAGGAUUUUAUUUAAGGCCUAUUUCUAGAAUUUUGCCGCGAUCGGAGAAGAUCCAUGAGAAUUAAGCAUACUGCAGGUGUGCAUGUACUCUGGUACAUGUAUGUGCGACGGCCAUAACCAUGGUACCUGGCUGAAGCCUGCCAGGACGUGCAUGCAUUUGAGAAGUGAACUGCAGUGUAGACUACAGUGCACGACUAUCUGAGUUCCACCUGAGUUCCUGAGCCAUCCUGCCACAAUGUUUAAGAGUGAAUUUCAGGGUGGGGCCCACGUGGAGGUCUUCAGUUGUCAAGGCAAGGAACCACUGGCUAAAUGGAAGCUGACUGGCUCGGCAUCAAUUCACAAGGUGUAUGAAAAAGAGGCCAAGAGUUUUGUGCACGUCUUGGAAGGUGCCGGUACUAGUACCAAGAUACAGCUGCCGAAAGACUCCAAGCUUACUUUGGCCUUGGUUCAGCGAUUUCUGGUAGUCCAGGUUUUUGUGCCUCUGGGCCAGGAUUUCUCUGUAGAGCUUGGCGUAAGCGACAUGGGAAACAACAAGCGGCGGUUACUGUUCUCCACGGCCCAGAAGGAGAUUGCUGCCACCCCACUUCAUGCCAAGAUACCGCUGACGAUAGUGAAGAGGGCAGUGUGGUUAAACCUGUGCAUUGACCUGGUCUCCAUUGUCAGUGAGGCAUUCCGUGGACAGACGUACAAAGCUCUGGAUAGCCUCAUAGUGUGCGCCAGCUGUCACCUGCGCAAGAUCUUCACCAUGAAGACCCAACCACCUGACGAUACCGAUGAUGAUGACCUGUACGACUGCAGUCCACCCACAAACAACACAGAACUGGACGGCAUCCCUAAAUCUUGCCAGUUUGCCGCAGACGUGACAUGUCAGACGCAGGUGCUCAACAUGAGUAAGCUCAGACAUGCCGAGUUCAAAUUGAGACCAGACAGCAGGCCUUGCUCCUCAACUGAACCAGUGGAUCUUAACUCAAGCAUGAGAGGGCGCAAGGACAGACCCAUGCACAUUGCCUUCGGCAGCAAGGUGCCUGUGCCGGCCAUAGGAGCAGGGAAGAAGCCAGCAUCAGCCGGCAGUCAGAGAGAGGGCAGUGAGAGUGCCAGCAGUAGAAGCAGUCGGUCCUCACACUCAAGGGCACAGAAGCAGGAAGGGGAUCCACUAGCAAGUGAAAGGAUCGUGUCUGCUAAAAAAGAAGUUGAUACGCUGACUGUGCACAGCCGUCAGCGGCAAAUCUCUGAUCCAGGCACUGACUUGGCUGAUCUGGAGACACGUGUGGACAAAGGUACGCUUAAAGGAAGCAAUACAUGGUCAGCUGGGUCAGAGGCCAGCAAGGAAGACAACUUUGUUCAGCCCCACCCUCCCCGUCAGAAAUCUGGGGACAAAUCCCGGCGCGUGGUCAAAGUCCGGCCCAACAGCGGGAAGCGGGAGCGAGGGGACAGCCAGUCUGCCGGCAGCGACACCAGUACGUCGGGCCGGGGCGGCUAUGACCAGAGCAGGUACACUGGCAGCAGCUCUCAGAGGAAGGACUCAGAAGAAUCCAGCGACGUCGACCGACCGAGUAGGGUGUCGGACGCCGCCAUCUUGAAGUACGCCUCCUCGCGGAUCCAGGCAAACGCGGAGGGUGCAGACAAUGGGGACGGGGGUCAGGGGUCGGACAGGCCGAGACCCCCCGCAGACAGCCUGUCAGAAAGCGACGACCUAGCUGGCAGGAACCCCAAGAAGGGGCGUGUCCAGAGGCGGAGGAAGAAAGCCGACCGGCCUCUGCUGAACCGGAUGGACAGCCUGUCGGAGAGUGAGGAGGCACAGAGGCAGAAGGAGAAGGGACGGGGAGAAGGAGGGGGCAUGCCAAAAAGUGGGCGUAAGGAAAAGAGGGAACCUGGAGGAUCAUCAGGGACAGAACCACCUUCAGGUGUAAGAGACACUACUGGUUCUAGAAUCACUGAUGUACAUUCAUUGGCAACACCAAGGAGUGCAGAGGAGUACAGAAACCACACAAGACCUAAACCGCCUAAUGCUUCAAAACGUACUAACAAGCAGACAAGGGGGGAUGCAAAUGUCCCCUCGACAGACAGUCAGUCCAAGGAAAACGGGAAGAUCUACACUUUCACUUCACCACCAAGGUCAGCUCCGCUUAGACCGAUCGAGAGGAACCGACACCUGGAACCCAAGAAACUACAGUUACAGAAGAUCUCAGAGGGCCCACCCAAGUUUUCUCCGACACCGCCACCCCCGGUGGAUGGCGAGUACCCCACCCUCCGUACCCCCUCACCACUAAACAGCAUCAAUGGAGACAGUCCGAGAAGUCGCUAUAAUGCAAUCAUCAGGAGAACGCCUAGCCCCAGGCAGAUACGCUCGCCCCAUCCCAGCUCAUCAGGGGAAUUCCCAGAUCACAAGAGGGACGACUUUGACUCCCCAAAGCCCACUGCAAGUGUCUCUCCUCAACUAACAAGGAAAUCCCUGCUCACCACCAGUGCCUUGGAGUCACACGCGCGGGCGUCAGCCGUCUCACCGGUCAGGGGCUCUAUCUCCAGGCUCAGCAUACACUCCAAGAGACUGCGGGAGAUUCCGAGGAGUGACCCCAGACUCUCCGACGAGUAUGACUGGAUGAGAUAUCAGUCUAAUUCCUCCUCCCUGGCCUCCUCGCUAGAGGCUAACAUGCUGGCCAGCCUCCGACGGCAACAGCUGGAGGAGAUGUACGAGGAGGAGCCAGGUGACGAGCGCCAGCGAGCCAACAACAGCUUCGACAUUCACAACUACGGUGAUGAUGACCUCAGCAGCUCCAGCGAUGACACGGCGACCACCUACAGCACCUUCAGGCCUCCGGAUGCUGCUCUUAGAGCUCACCGCUACCAAGAUGAGAUGCAUUUCCCAUCCAGCAAUAACCCCCUCAUGCAGUCCAACCCAAGGGACUGGUCCAAUCUCUUCAGCCCACCCAUCGUCCUGCCCAGCGAGAAGCUGAAAGCACACCAGGAGGCAGUGAUGCUGUCACCAGGCAAGGACAUGCCCACAGCAUUCAGAACGGACAAAGCGAGGACCAAGUCUACAAGUAGUGAGGACCCGAGCAAGGUGUUCACCGAGAGCGAAGAGGAUGAGGAGCUGGACUUGCUGUACGACCCCUGCCUAAACUGCUACUAUGAUCCAAGGACGGGCAAAUAUUACGAACUGAAGUGAGCUUAGAAAAAGGUGAUUAUGACCUGAAACAGGAGUGGCCUGCAUGCGGGAAUGAAACAGGAUUCCAUGCAGGGCAGUUAUUUUAAUAGCCCAUUGCAAGUCUCUACAAGUUCAUCACAAGUCGUAUCCAGUCUGAAACCAAGUCACAAGCCAGUCAAUUGAAACGCCACAAAACCAUCCCAUGUGACUAGAUUUGUUGCAAAACUUGUGAUGGCCUCCACUACAGUCCAGGUACUGUGCAGUCUUGAAAUAACCUUGUAUUAAACCAAACUCUCCAGGUGUAUUUGUUGAGAAACUCUAUUCUUAAACUGUUUGGGAGUCCUGUGACAAGUUCCUCUUAUGCAGUCUUUUGAAAGGGAUGGAGCGCCGUUGUAUUCAGUGGCUGGGCUGCACCCUCCCACAAUGCAGAAAAAUCUUCCAAAAUGCCCCUUGGUAGAUUUGGAAAGAUCUGACACGUCAGGAAGUAAUUCUCUGGAUAACAGACUGACAUACAUGUAUUGGACUGGAUUUUUACAACGUAUCCUGUUCCGUCAUAAGUUGUAAUGGGACAGUUAGCAAGUUUGGAACUAAACUCUAGAGCUGUGUCUCCCUCUGUUGUUGAGAUUUCUUUUGAAAUUUGAACUCGGCAACAAUCAGAUUAUGCCAUGUGUUGUCGUGGUAAUAGACUGACACCUGUGCAGCCUUCCUUUUGUUUGGAGUAUAAAGUGUAAGAAAAACUUAUUGAAGUUGGCAAAUAAAAAAUUGUAAAGAUAGGGGCUCGUGCCAUUACUGUUGGGCAUUUUCCAACAUCAGUGCCUGCAUGGCAGUGCCCAACACAUUUUUUGUGAAGAACACAUUUUGAAGCCCCCAGGUUUGGAGGAGAAAUUACGAAAAUAUUACGCAGCUGGUGUAGUAAGUAUAUUUAUAUAUACAUAAUGUACAUAUAAACAAUGAAGUAUUCCGGGAGCUUAAUGUCUCAGAAAUGAGAUAGUAAUCAGUAACCAAAUGAUGCCGGCAACUCUGCCAAUUUGAGGGAAGCAGGUCACUACUAUUCUUUAUAAAUCUAUGUGGGACUCUGCUCUUGCAAGACAUAAAGCAUCCACUGUGAAGGGCAAUAUUUAUUACAAAAUAGUACAAUAUACGUGUACAGUACAUAGACCAUGGUAGCACUAAAGAUAAAUUGUAAAUUUUUUUGAGCUGGACGAGUAUGUGCAGAUUAUUUAUUGUCACUCAUAAAACUAAUAUUGCCAACUCUUUCAGCGUAGUAUGUAUUGUGGAUACCAUCUGUGCCUGUUAACUUUGCUUAUUCAAAGCUUUAUAUGUCAGGAAUGUAAUUGUGUUCAGGGGCUACCCCGAUUGCUAGUAACUAAACUGUAGAUUGCUUGCUCCUUGGUUUAAGCAGGCAAAUGGCUGUCAGUCUAAGAGAGGGAAUGGCACAAAGUUUACAAAGUGAAAUUGCACAAUGAAAUUGAAUUCAUAAUCUUUUCUCUUCUUACUAUAAGGGGUCAUCCGUCCUCGUUCUGAUGUACCUCACACAUGUAAAUUACACGUAUGUUUCUCUUUGAAGUAAUUUGUGUAAAUUUUGUGAAAUGUACAGAUAAUAAAUUAGAGAACUGCUUAUUUGUGAAGAGAAAAACUGUUCUCGAGCUGUGAAAUGUCCGAGGUAUGCAUAUUGUAUCUAUAUUUGCAAUCUGAGAAUUUUUGGCAAGAAUUUUGAUGUAUUUGUGAU